GAUUCCAUAAGCAAUAAUUUCUACAAAUGACUAAUUAUUUUUUCUGGUAACACUGUAUGUUUUUUCUUUAUUUUGAUCAUGUCGGCGCUUGGUGUUUGUGCGCGAAGUUUUGUUUGUUUUUAUAAGUAUUCCACCUGUACCGUAUCAACAAUGCGAGUAUAACACAGCUAUGAUAAUUACUGAGCUGAUGCACCGUUCCAUCUAGCGCCAAGAUGCCAUAUUACUGCACAGUGCCGCGUUGUACAUCGAUGGCCGGUAAAGCCAAGAAUGUAUCGUUUCAUCAAUUUCCAAGAGACGAGGAGCUUGCAAAGCUAUGGAAUCGCAUACUAAAGAGAGGAAAGCCUUACACUAAGUACUCUAAAGUGUGUAGUUUGCAUUUUAAGCCGGAAGAUUAUACUAUAACGAGCGUGGGAAAAAAUAAGGGACAAUGGAGAACCCUCCGGAAGGAUGCCAUCCCAUCACAGAACCUUCCCUCAGAGUCCCCGGUGCCCUACACGAGGCAAUCCCCGGGAUGUUGGGUGGCCAACCAACCUACAUUGACAGAUCCACUGGUGCAACAGCAAAUGGCGCAAGCCAUAUACAUGCAGACGAUGCUCGCUAUGCAGGCUGCUGGCGCGUCCGACCCCCUCGCUGUGAGCGAUCAACCAACUCCCUUGCCUGAAUCAGCCAAUCCAAGCCCCUCGAGCAGUUCUCUCUCUGAGAUAGAGCUCCUACUACGACGAGACACAGAACAUCCGAAAGAGGUCACCUAUAAAUGCCAUGAAUGCUCCAAAUGCUUUAAAGACCCAGAUGUAUUCAUACUCCACAAAAGGAACCAUAAGAACAACACCACACAACUCGAAAAAGAAAACUAUAGCACUAAUAUUCAAGAUCGAGAGGAAACACUAAGAGCAAAUCCAAUUUUAGCAAAUUUGCUAAAGUCUAGUAUGAGACAUGAACCUGAAACAAAUAUGUCAAAUAUAUUGACAGUUGAGAACCAAAUCAUGGCAGCUUUAGCUUCUAAUAUGGAGGCAUAUAUAAGAACAUUAUCAUCUAUGUUAUCGAACCAAGCUAAUAGAGAAACACAGGAAAAUAAUGAUGAUAAUGAUCAAGAUGGUUCUGAUUAUGACAAUGAGACAAAAGAUGCAAAUAAAGUUGAAUGUGAAGAUACAGAUAAAGAAGAUAGUAUGUGCAUAGAUACGAAUAAAGAUGAAAAGCCUAUGGAUGAAAAUGAUAUAAAAGAUGAAGAAGAUAUAUAUGACAGACUUAAAGUCCCAGUCACGGCGUGUGUAAGUCGAAUAGAAACACAUAUAGACGAAAAUCACGUUUUUUCUAAUGAUGUUAGUGCUGCAGAUAAUUCAAUAAAAGAUGAGUGUAAAGAUACAGAUGAAAACCAAAGUGAUGAUAAAUUUAUGAAUGAUAAUGAAUCCAUAGAAAAAAUACAGGAGGCUUUAAAUAAUCAUGAAGAUUAUGAAAUAAAAACAGAAAACAAUGAAGAGAGGAUUGAAACGCAAAAUGAAGCACUAGUUUAUAAAUAUCAUGAGAAUUCAAAUGAAACGAAAAUGCUUGAUGAUGUAACAAGCAUAGAAGAAAUGAAAGAAACCAUAGUAGAUGAAAAUCACGUUAAUGCAGUUAACAACGUAGUUGACAAUACUACAACAGAAGAAUCUGAUGAUGAAUAUCUCGCGAGAAGAGAUAAUAAGGCAAAUAAUGGAAAUAAGGAGGCUUUUAUAGAUGAUUACAAGCCAAAUGAUGCAAUAAAUGAAAAUGACAGAGAAGAGAAAAUGUUUGACGAUAAUGGUAAGUUAGAUCAGGCUAAUCCUGAAUGUGAUAGUCUUGUAGAUACAGAGUUAAUUACAUUAGAAUUAGAAACUUGAGUAGGUUUUGAAAUAAUGUUUACUUGUAUAAAUGGCAACGACCAUUGGAAAUCUAUUGAGCCAUUGGUCACUUAGUAUGCAAAAUUGACAAAUGUACUUAAUCCAAGAAGAAUUUGUCGAAUCGAUGUAAGGUGCAUUGGGGUGUUUUUUCAAAUAUGGCAAAUAUUUAUAAAACCAGAAGUUUUUCAUUCUUAAAGCUCGACUCUCCAUACAAAAGUAGUUACGCUCUCAUUUUAAUACGACUAGCUAGAUUGCUCGGAAACUUUGUACUUACGAUAAGAUAGGAUAUACCUAUACUCUGUAUCUUUAGGUAUUUAAAUAAAAGUAAACAAAAUCUACCCUCAAAUGUCUCCUUAAGCCAGUAGAGGGUAGAUGAAAACAUUAAAUGGUCAAAAAUGUAGGUUAAAGUCGGGUCGUUCAGUGACUGAUCCAGGCGAUUUUGUAUUUGGUUGGUUAACCAAUAAAUGUUAUAACUACCCGAAAAUUUACAAAUUGUUUGUUUACUUCUAUUUAAAUACUUAAAGAUACAGAGUAUAGUCCUGUGAUUAGUUUGUGUAGCUUCAGAUACCAGAUAUAACAACAGCGAAUUUAUGUUUUUCAUACAAAACUUGUUUUUGCUCUAUUUAGUUUGUUUUAUAAGCUGGAGCUAUAUAAAAUAAUUACACGACUAGAGAUCUAAUGUCAUUGUAUGUGUAAUAGUACAUUACUAUAGAGGCCGGGAAACGUAGGGUUGCGGGCCAAGGCCAAGAGAUACGCGGCCGGCAACCCCGUUUCUCGCCGAGAUAUGUAUAGUGCUUUUCUCAAACUUGCAAUUAAAACAAAAAAUUGUAGUCAAUUUGUUUUGUGGCGACCUACUCGGCUCGUCACUCUACCAGCGGUGUACAACCUUACGCGCGUAAGUCCGCGCGCCUGCGCGAUGCGCCACCGCCGUUGCUUAGCAACGAAUAUGCACAACAAAUCACCGUACCAAGCUAACUGAAGCUAGUUCAAAAAACAAAAGAAGGUUGCUUUACAGUCCUAGGUGUGUAAGGCUGUAUGAAAUUCCUUUACAUAUCAUGUUCACUCAUGCCACCUGAUAUGUAGUAUUUCCGGGCCUAAAUUGACGUAAGUCAUGUCAUCAUUUCAUAGCAAGUUUUAGAAAAGUUUCAUUACAAUCCAACACCUAGUUUUAAAAUGCGAAUGAAACCCUUAAGCAAAACUUAUACUGUUGCUCCAGUAGAAAGUGUUUCUAGUUUAGAGAAUAUUAGCCAUUUUGAAAAUUACCCCGCUUCCGAUGUUACCCCUAUGCAAUUUACUGAAGAUAUUUUUGUACUCAAUGAUUUUUUCUUCGAGUACGUCUGUUAGAUGAAAUUUCAAAUUUUAAUCAUAGUUUAUCAUGAUCGUCAUCAUUUCGAUAAAAGCUGGUCACAAACAAUACUUAGAGAAUAGUAUCAUAAUUAAGAUCAUAUCCCGCCUUACAGACUGCUAAUAAUAUUGUAUAUUUUGUUUAUAAGUGGAUUAGUUGUAGUAUUGACGUGUAACUACUUAUAUUUAGAAUUCAUUUUCAUUAAUCAACAUAUUUGGCUGGUUAUAUAAAUAAAUAACACACGUAAAACUCUCAAAAAAAGGACCUCCAAAUUGUACCUAAUAGUAGGGGGGAAACCUUUUCUUAGCUGCGAAGAAAAG